UAGAACCCCUCGGUGUUGUGUAUUAGUAUGCGUGACAUCGUGCUGUCUCUGCUGCUGUGAGCUCAUUCCAUCUUGACACGUUAGACAAGCACCACAUAAUGGCGAUGAGAGGGAUCAUUUUUUAGUAUUUUCUACUGUUUUUGACCUAGAAUUCAGUUUAAUUGUUGAUUUUUCGCGUGCUCUAUAAAGUGUUAUCAGUUGUUUAUAAAAAUAUCCAUUCGGAAAGGUGAGAAAAGGCGAAAAUUUUGUGAUUUAUGAUUGGCGUCAUCGAGGCUUCUAUUUUGCCGUAGAGAGAAAAAGUUGGCGUCGGUUGGGCCAAAAGCGGUGACUUGCAUUUUUGCUGACUGUUGAUGAUUAGAUUCAUCGAGCGGGUGAUGUCCAUGAUUAAAUUCGUGGAGGAAUGAUUGUUCAUGAUUAAAUUCAUGGAGGAAUGUUUGUUCAUGAUUAAAUUCAUGGAGGGUGGUUGCUGACGAUUCGACUCGUGAGAAAUUUUAAGUAAUGAUUGUAGCCGCUGAUUAAAUUCAUCGCAUGAAAACAAUGAUAGGAAAUGAACGAAUGUGACAGUUCUUGGGAUAGUGACGUUUGACGACGAUUCAAAGUUGAUUUUGAAAGAACUGCUCUCGAUUGUUUACUAAAGGUGGAUUUGUGUUCUACAGGGAAAUGGACGGGGAAGAGCAAAUGGACGGUGAACCAGCCAAUCGGAACGUUGUGCUGCAGAUACAGACUGCUUCGCAGUUCAACCCCGCAGCGUACAAUCUCCCGCAGUUCAAAUUCAAGCAUUUGCCGAUGCAGGAAGUGCGAAAUGCUUGGAGCUUGUGGAUCCGUGGGUUCGAGCGAGUCAUGGCGGCGUCUGGAAUAACGGUCCCUCGCGAUAAGAAGAUCCAGCUGCUAGCCAUGGGAGGUCUCGAGCUGCAAUGUGUAUUCGAUAGCAUUCCGGGUGCUGAUGUGGAAGACGACGAUGUGCCGGACUCGUACGCGGUUGCGAAAGAGAAGUUGAACAAUCACUUCGCCCCGAAGCGACACGACAGUUUUGAAAGAUACUUGUUUUGGACGAUGAAGCCGCUAGACGACGAGCCGAUUGAGAAGUUUGUGGAAAGAGUACAGCUUAAAUCGGAUAGGUGCUCUUUUGGCAGCUCGGUCCUGGAGAGUCGGCAGAUAGCCGCUGUGGACAAAAUCAUUCAACACGCCCCCGAGAAUCUCCGAGAAAAACUGCUGGCCAGAGAAGAUCUAACCUUAGACGAGUGCGUCAAGAUCGUGAAUUCCCAUCAAGCUGUAAAGUAUCAAGCAUCAAGGAUGAACCAAAACUCGACAACGGAAACAUCAAACGUUCAGCGACUCUUCAACGAACAAUCAAAACGAUCGGCUCCAAUCUCAAGGUCAGGUCGGCAAGAUCUCAACCGCCGCUGUAACAGAUGUGGCUACGAUCAACAUCCCGAGAACGGAGAGUGCCCUGCAGCGAAUCAGAUUUGUUUGAGAUGCCGUAGUGUUGGCCAUUUCAAGUCAGUCUGCCGCUCAAACCAAGCGGCUAAAAGACGACUACUUCCCAACUCGUCUCACCAACACCAACCGUUCAAGCGAUCGAGAAACGUCAUGAAAAUUGAUACGAAGGAAAACAUCGAAGAAGAAGAAAACGAAGAGGUUCCGGCUUACAGUGUUGGUGACGCCGACGAGCUCAUCGACUGCUGCGUUGGGGGAGUGAACAUUGAAAUGCUGAUUGAUUCAGGAUCGAAGUACAACCUGAUCGACGACACAACCUGGAGGCUCAUGCGUGUACAGAAUGUGAAGGUCCAGAAUCUGCGAAUUGAUCGAAGCAAAACGUUCCUGGCCUACGGAAAGGUUCCCUUGAACCUGUUGGCAGUUUUUGACGCGGAAAUUCGAAUUGUUGGUUCAUGUCAAACUGUGGCAGCUAACGCAACGUUUUAUGUGAUCGAAAAAGGCCAACAGCCGCUGCUGGGAAAGAUCACAGCUCAACAGCUUGGAGUAUUGCGUGUUGGGUUACCCAGCUGUCAGGAAGAUAUCUGUAACAUGACUACAACGAGCAAUCCGUUCCCGCACGUUCGUAACGUUGAACUCGCCAUCCCGAUCGACAGGAGUGUUCCGCCGGUCAUUCAACCCUUACGGCGAUGUCCGAUUCCACUGUUGGAAAAGGUGAAAGCUAAACUGGACGAUUUGCUGGUACGGGAUAUAAUCGAGCGCGUGGAGCGGCCAACGUCGUGGGUGUCGCCUCUUGUACCGAUACUGAAGGACAAUGGAGAUCUGCGGCUCUGCAUCGACAUGCGACGGGCGAACAAAGCGAUUCAACGUUUAAAUCAUCCGCUGCCAGUGUUCGAAGAGAUCCUUCCUCGAAUUCGAAACGCCAAGUUCUUUUCGCUGUUGGACAUGAAGGAGUCUUACUACCACGUGAUGCUUGCCGAGGACUGCAGGGAUAUAACAACGUUCAUAACCAACUGGGGCUUGUACCGCUUUAAACGGUUGUUCUUCGGCAUAAACUGUGCGCCAGAGAUGUUUCAGAACUUGAUGGAAAGUCUUGUUCUCGCGGUGACUGGAAAUGUGGUCGGUUUCAUUGAUGAUUUUUUGGUGUUCGGAGAAACAGAAAAGGAGCACGAUGAAGCGUUAAAGGCGGUAAUCGAACGGUUGAAUGCGUUGGGAAUUCAACUCAAUCAUCACAAGUGCAAGUUCAGGCAGACGGAGGUGAUCUUCUUGGGACACAAGCUUUCCGCACAGGGAGUGCGACCGUCGGACGACAAGGUGAUCUCGAUUUUGAACUGCCGUGUGCCUUCGACCAAAGAGGAGCUUCGGAGCUUCUUAGGUCUGGUAACCUUUGUGUCUCGAUUCAUACCCGAUCUGGCGACCGCUAACUCCCCGCUUCGUGAGCUGAUCAAACAGUCUGCUAAGUUCGAAUGGAACCGUUCUCACCAAGAAGCGUUCAACACGAUCAAAGAACGGAUCGGGUCAAUGAACUAUCUAGGCUAUUUCGACCCGAAGGACCGAACCUUGGUGGUAGCGGACGCAUCUGGAGUCGGAUUGGGAGCGGUACUAAUCCAGUUCAAGGGACACCAGCCGCGAGUGAUCAGUUACGCCUCGAAGAGUCUGACGGAGACCGAAAAGAAGUACCCCCCCAUUGAGAAGGAAGCACUUGGCAUAGUAUGGGCUGUAGAAAGAUUUCGUAUUUAUUUGCUUGGGAUCACAUUUGAACUAGAAACUGAUCAUCGACCAUUGGAAAGCAUCUUCACCAGUACCUCGAGACCAACUCUCAGGAUCGAACGGUGGCUGUUACGACUUCAGGGCUUCAGAUUCGUCGUAGUCUACCGGAAGGGUUCCGCCAAUCUGGCCGACCCACUCUCUAGAAUGGCUUCACAUGUCGAUGACAAGCAUUGGCAGGAGGAAUCUGAGGUUUACAUUCGUCGUGUCGUCUGUACGUUUCUGUCUACUUUAGGAAACGAUUCGCUCGAGGAAUUCGACGCAGAAACUGAACAGGUCAUCAGAUCGGUUCAAGUGGCAGCCGCCGUUGAUAUUUCCGAGGUGAUUGAAGCUACUAAAAGGGACGAAGAACUAUCAGCAGUGGUGGAAGCUAUUAUGACAUCGCGUUGGAACAGCCCGAAGGUUAAGGCGUUUGCUCCUUUCCAAAAUGAGUUGAGCUAUGCCUACGGGGUUGUGAUUCGCGGAGCCAAGCUUGUAAUUCCCAGCGUUCUUCGUGACAGAAUGUGCCAACUCGCGCACGAAGGUCAUCCUGGGCAAGAGGUGAUGAAGAGCCGAUUGCGCGAAAGGUGUUGGUGGCCACUGAUGGAUCGUCAAGCAGUCAAGGUCUGCGACAGCUGUGAGGGGUGCCGUCUGGUACAAGUAGAAGCGCCUCCGGAACCAAUGAAUCGACGUCCGAUGCCAGACAAGCCAUGGGUCGAUUUGGCCAUCGACUUCUUAGGACCGAUGCCAACUGGGGAAUAUAUCCUGGUCGUUGUGGACUAUUACAGUCGCUACAUGGAGUUAGAAGUGAUGCGAAAGAUUACAGCCCAGGAGACAGUUACGAGACUCAAGAAGUUGUUCAGGACAUGGGGAAACCCGAGGACGAUUACUUUGGAUAACGGAAGGCAAUUCAUUUCGCAGGAAUUUGGUGACUUUUGCCGAAGUAUGGGAAUCGUUUUGAACCAUAGCACUCCCUAUUGGCCACAAGCGAAUGGUCAAGUUGAACGCCAAAAUCGGUCUCUUUCGAAGCGGUUGAAGAUCUCCAAUGCGCUACAUGGCGAUUGGAAAAAGGAGUUGGACGAUUAUUUGAUACUCUACAACAACGCUCCGCACUGCGUCACAGGAAAGGCUCCUAGCGAACUCCUGCUAGGUCGGAAGUUACGCCACAAGAUUCCGCAAAUCGACGAUCUUAGCACACCAGUACUUGGUUCGGAUUUUCGCGAUCGAGACACACAGAGGAAGUUCGACGAUAAAACGCGAGAAGAUGUUAAACGUGGGUCAAAACUCAGCGAUAUCCAAGCUGGUGAUACGGUUCUGAUGAAAAAUCUCCACCCCCAAGAUAAACUCUCCACAAAUUUCGGCAAGGAGCAAUUUGUGGUGAAGGACAAGCGGGGUUCUAAUGUGACAAUCCAAUCGAAGGACACGGACAAAUGCUAUGAUCGAAAUGUCUCACACCUAAAGAAGAUCGUAGAACCCGGACAGUCUGGAGACAACUCGGCGGAUAGCUCAGAAGAUCUGGAAGUACAACGGCCACUUCGUCAUGCGUUUGGUCAAGGGGAAUCGUCAUCAAACCAGCAAACGGAGGGAAGAUCAUCGGAAAUUAGAAGGUCCUCGCGCGUGGUGAAACCGUCACUGCGGUACAGUCCGUAAUGUUUGAGAAAACGUAAAUCAACGCGUUACAACAUUUGUUUAACUUGUAUAUAUCAUACUAAAAUAAAGGAAAGGAGAUGUGGUGUCCAUCGUAGAACCCCUCGGUGUUGUGUAUUAGUAUGCGUGACAUCGUGCUGUCUCUGCUGCUGUGAGCUCAUUCCAUCUUGACACGUUAGACAAGCACCACACUC